AUGAAUGGAAGGAUUGAGGCCUCCACUAGCAUACACGAUAGUUGUUGCUGCUGGAUUCUUCCAGAGCCACUGGGCUCUAGUCAGUCUCGUAACCCAUACCGAACCAACUCGCCUGGCCAGCCAUUCCUUGAGAUGACGAUAACCACACUCAUCGUCUCCACGCUGCGCCAAAUUUGCGUCAUGGCAAAGCUGGUCGGACUGUCACGUUCACCGAGCGUCGAAACCCAAGCAAGUCUACCAACGACCCUAUCGUUGAGUUCGAGCCUGCAGGAUUUUACUUGGCAGACACUUGCAAAAAGUACUUUGCUUGGACCAUUUUCGAAAGAACCCCGAGUCUCCGAUUUGCGGCUCUAG